GCUCAAUUAAAAGAUUUAAAGGAUGAAAAUAAUAAUCUUAUUAAAGAAACAAAAAAAUAUCAAAAUCGUAUUAAUGAAGAAUCUGGUGUAGCAGAGUUAUUACAAGAAGAGGCAUUACUUUUAAAAAAAAUCGUUAAUGACAGAGAUAGUGAAAUUAGAGAACUAAAUAAAGUUAUUAAUACUCAUUUAGAAUCAAUUUCAAAUUUAAAACAAGAUAUUCAAAAAGGUUUAGAUCAAAUUGAAUUAGUACAAGAUUUAAAAAAUAUAUUACAAAUCUCUGAAAGAGAACUAAAGCACGAGUUAGCAGGUGUUAAAGAUACUUUAUUGGCAGAAUCUGAAAGUCACCUACAAGUUAAAGGAGUAUUAAAAGAGACUCAAGAAGCAUUACAAAGUGAAAUCAAACAACACAAGGAAAAUGUAGAAAGAUUAGAAGGAGAUAUCAAAACAAACCAAGAGCAAAUCGAAGAUUUAAAGUCCCAAAUUGAAGCAGCUACAAAUCAACAACAAAAGUUAAUUGGUGAAAUUGAUGGUUUACAAAAUAAUAUUAAUCAACUUAAUGCUCAAUUAAAUCAGUUAACUUCAGAAAAGGAAAAAUUACAAUUGGAGUUAAAUUCAGAAAAACAAAAAUAUGAAAAUUUAGAAGUAUUACACAAAGAGUUAACUGAAAAGAAUCAAGAGCUUGUCAACACUAUCGAAAAAGAAUUAGAAAUCAAAUUAGCUUUAGAAGACCAACUAAAACAAUUAACUGAAAACCAUCAAUCAUUAAAUGAAACUCUUGAAAAAGAAAAACAACUAACCAAACAAUUACAACAUGAAAAAGAAACAAUAGAUCAAUUAGUUUUACAAUUAAAUACAGACAAGCAAGAUCUUUUAAAUCAACAACAAUCACUUGAAAAUAACAAUAAAUCAUUAGAAUCCCAAAUAGAAGAGUCAAAAGUACAAUACCAACAACUACAACAAGAAAAAGAAACUAUUAGUAAUGAAAAAGCAAGAUUAGAACAAGAAAAAGAUACAUUAGAGUGUAAUAUCAAAACAUUAACAGAUGAGCUUGAUUCAAAGGUAUCAUUUAUCGACGAGUUAAUUCAAGUAAAGAACAAUUUGGAUUUAGAAAUCGAAUGUGUAAGAAAAUCGCAUAUUAAGGAAAUGGAAGAGCUUACUUUCCAAAUUCAAACCCAAAAGGCCCAAAUUGAAUCUGAUAAAUUAGAGCUAGUGGAUAAACAAAGUGAAAUUGAGCAAUUACAAAAAGAAAGAUCAACCAGUACUCAAGAGAUUCAAGAACUCACAAAUAAAAUUGAAGAUAAUCAAAAACAACUUGAAGAAAAAGAAAAAGAAAUAGAGGAAUUAGAAAAGAACCUCGAAGAAAAAGAAACAGAGUUAACCAACACCUCCAGAGCUUUACAAAAGGUUGAAUAUGAAAAAGAUGCUCUUUCACACGAGAAUGAAUCCAUCAGAGAUAUGGUAUCCCAAAGUGCAAUCAAAGGUUUAGAUGAAUUAAUUAACUCUCAAAAAGAUACCUAUCAAAAAGAGGUUCAAUCAUUAAACUUUUCCAUCCUUGAAAAGAACAACGCUAUCGAAGAUAAAGAAAAAGAAAUUUCUCAACUCCAAGACAACCUUAAAGAGAUGACAGAGGAACUUGACGAGCAAAAAAAGAGAAUUGAGCUCGAAAUAAAGAAACGUGAAGAAGAACUAAACAAAUUUGAAGAAGAAAAAGAAAAAAUCAAUAGAAGACAUGUCGAGGAACAAGUUGAUAGUGAACAAGCAGCAGAAAAAGUAGUUAGUGACCUUAAAGCUAUCAUUGACAAUAUCGUAAAUGAAAAGGAUCUUAUUCAAUCAGAAGCCAAUAAUUUAGCUCAAAGAUUAUCAAACGAAAUCGAUAAGUCGAACGAUAUGGAAAAACAAGUUAAAGAUUUACAAAAAGAAAUUGAGUCAAUGCUAACCACCAGAGAUAAUUUAAUUAAAGAGCUCGAAGAAAUUCAAUCUAAAAAUACAUAUGGUGCCAAUAAAGAAACAGAAGAUCGUUUACAGCAAGAGCUUCAAGAAAUUAAACUUAAACAAAAGGAGCAAGAGGAUCGUUUCAGCGCUGAAAGACAAACAUGGGAAUCAAAUCGUUGGGAAAUCGUUGCCGAAUUAGAACAAGAAAAAACAAAAAACAAAAAGAUUCAAGAAGGUUUAAUUGAAGAGAAGAGAAGAUUAGGUGUAGUUAGUAAAACUGUUUCAAAGCUUUUAGACGAUAAUGAAAAACGUUCAUUCGAAUCAAUGACACCAGAAUCAUUUUAUGCAAUGCUUGAAGCUACCAAAAAGGAACUUGAUGAAGGUUUACAUCAUAAGAAACAAUAUUACGAUGAUGAAGAUUUAAUGGGUCAAUUAUUAAUGGAAAGAGAAGCCAGAAGACUAGCCGAAUCUCAAGUUGAACAUUUUGCAGUACUUUUAGAAAAGAGUAAAUCUGAAAUUGUCAAAUAUAAAGAAAUUAUAAACAAUGGUUCAAAUAAUUCAAGUAAAACUGGUUUCUUCUCUAAUCUUUUAAAUAAUAACAACAGCAAUAAUAACUUUAUUACAAGAACCUUUACUGGAACAAACUAUAAUAAAAAAUAA